AUUGCAAUGCAAGUUGCAUCUCUUCUCCAUUUUGUGGCAUCGCAUGGCUCUGGAAGCUUAUUCAGCUGCAAACCCUGACAAAAUCCACGCCGAUGUCCUCACCAAAGCUAGGGAAGCUUGUUACAAGGCUCGUGAUGCUUUCUACGCGUGUCUCGAGAACGAAUCUGACAAGAAGCCCACAGAGAUUGCUUCGGUGGGCUUGCUAUACCCACUAGAAUGCAAACAAUGUAGGGAUCAAUAUGUCAAACACUGUCGAUCUGCUUGGGUGAAACAUUUCGAUAGGCAAUACUGCCAGAACAAGAGGGUUCAGAGACUUUUGGAUGACAAAGGGUCCAGGAGAGGGGUGUAAACUAUAAGGAUCGUCUUGGCCCCUGUCGAAGGUGGGAGAUCACAUCUUGGUAUUUCUUUGGGUCAUUGUGAAUGUGAAUUGUGAAAUGCGUAUCUGAGUCAGUUGCAAAAAGAAGUUCUAGAAUGAUUUUCGUGUUUUUCUGUAUUUUCAGUUCUUGAGGGAUGCUCUAGCACUUGGUUUUGACUGUUCUUAAUGUAAUUGUAUACACUUUGACAAUUUUAUAGUUCCCUCCACUUAGCAUUGUUUGUGCUUGAAAGCGUGUGGCUACUGACAUUUGGACUGGGAGAUUAAAGCAUUAUUCAAAACUCGAAGGGAUAAAUGAAAUGGCAAACAUCGGGUUUAGUCAUUUUAGGAGCAUUGUUCAAAGUCACUUCUUGCACUGACUUACAUGUACUCUUUAAAUGGUAAAUGGUGACCCUAGGGAUCCUUUUGAGGCUUGAA